GUAUAAUAUGUUCCGCCCUAUUUGAUUAUUGACCUUAUGUUUGAUUUACAUAACUUACAAAGACAAGUCGGCAAGUUCUUGAGCGAUGUUAGCUUUUAAUGUGUAAAUCUUGUUAAAAAAUUAGUAUUCCAGCCAUGUCUGAGCCGUACAUCAUUAACACUGAUAGAGGAGAUCUUUUUACUCAUUAAUAAUUCUUUGUCCAUCGCAUAUGAAACAAUUUGAAAUCUGAUUUUACUCUCUUAUUCCAUGAAACGGGCAAAACAAGAAAGAGAACUGACAGAUGAAGAGCGUAAUAUCGUGAUAUCAGUACGUCAUUGUGCGCGAGAAUUGGACGAUAUCUUACAGGGUGCACGUAGAAAAGCCCAGUCGAAUCCCAAAGUAUUUGCGGAGACAGGAAUUAGUGUCAUGUUUAGAGGUGUUGACUCUUAUGCGGAGAUGUAUGAAAAAUUGGGUGUGAGGUCAAGAGAUGGAUUAGAAAGAUUAUUUUCUAAAUUUUCCGACUGUGAAGAAAUUCAGGAUACUCAAGAUGCAAUCGAAGAAACUGAAGGAAACUGGAGAAAUUUUCUAGUUAAUCUUGAUAAGGAGGUUGCACAUGAUGAGCAUGAAAAUAGUAGAGUUAAUUCAGUAUCUAAACCCGAGAACCUUUCUGAUGUGGAAUGUGAUUACUUAUUCUUACCAUCACUACCGCUUAUUGACUGGCAAACCAGCCGUGAGGUUAACUUGCAAGAUUAUGUCCAAAAAUACAUGUGCCUUGUAGUCAUCUGUCAGCCCGCGUACUGGCCAGAUACUGCUGUUCGUUGGCGUUAUUCAGAGGUAUCAAAAGCCCAGUGUGAUCUAUCCCAGUUCAACGUUGGAUACGCAGUUGUUACAUGGGGCCCAGCAGAUGAAGUGCGGAGUUGGUGUAAACAAGUUAAUCGAAUUACAAAGUGGCCGGUUUUAUGGGAUAAAUCAGGCGAUUUUCGAGCUAAAAUUGGAUUUAAAUCAGGUUUACAACGUGUUUGGGCCGCUGAAAAUCUGGAUUUCCUUGGUUGUCAACGUUCAAUGCAUCAUCGUCCGAUAAAUUCACCGCCAACUAAUCUCAACUGGUCAGAAUGGAAACAAAUCGGUGGCGAAUUAGUUUUAUCUCAGCCUGUCUUAUGGAACCCACAAAAGACAAUGAAAUCUAACAUAUAUGUAGCAACGCAAACAGGUGUAAAACAUAAGCGCAAUACUCAUGAAAGUGAUGAAGAAGAUAGAUCCAAUGAAGAAGACUUGCACUCAGAAUCACUUAAAGUAUCAAUUAGAGAGGCCCUUCGUGAUAAAGAAGCGAUGAGUUCAAAACAGGUCAAGGUUUGUGCAUUGCACCUAAGUACUCGUAUUUCGGAUCUAAUGCCAUCAGGUUCGAUAUAUCAAGCUGCUUUAACAUGUUAUGCUCGUACACACAAUACUACAGAAAGCGAUGUCAUGGAUAAAAUUAGGAGAGAUCGCAGGUUUUGUACACCACCUGAAUCAGAUCGAUUACAGUACGAAGCAACUACCGGUUUAUAUUAUGACCCAGAAACUGCUUUAUAUUAUGACCCACUAAGGGGUUAUUUCUAUGAUUCAACGAAUCAAAUGUACUACUAUUGGUCUCAAUCUGAAGGACGAUAUAUCUUAGCCAAUACAUUGAUUCAAGCUGAACUUGCUGCUGCGCAUGUAGCUCAAGCAGUAGCAGCCCAAGCUGCCGCAGACAAAGCUAUGGCUGAGCGAGAAGCUGCUAAGAAGGCGGCCAUGUGUGUAGCCGCGCAAUUGGCGGAGAUACGUGCGGGUAAAGACGAUUAUGCUGCUUAUGCGUAUGCAACAUGUGUGUUACCUCAACAAGAACCAAGCGACCCAGAUUACAAAGAAAUUUCUACAGACAGUGGUAGAUUUUGUAUCGCUUAUCAAAAUACAACAGCCGCUGCAAAUAAUAUAGAAGCAUCACUAAAAGCAUGGAACACAGGCAAUACUAACAGUGGUACUGAGAUUUUGUCGUCUAAACCUCUUGUUCCUUACACAGAUGACAAUACAGAAACUGAUCAUUGUAGUUCAACACCGCCACCCCCAGGGUUGUAAAUAAUAAAACUGUAAAAAACACAAAAAACCCCCAUUUCAUUACUUUAGUCACAUUGCUCCACUCACUAUGUAUUUGGCACUUUUGCGUAUUAUAAGCUGUGCGGCGUAUUUAAUUUGGUGUUUGUGCAGCGAUUCUCUGGGUUUAAAUAACUUGUAACAUUUUACUAUUUCUGUAAAGCAUAAACUAUUCUAGUACAAAAAAGAAUGAAGUUGGUGAAACAACAUUUGCAUGUCAUGGUAACUAAAGUGUCCUAUGAAUGAGGGUAGGUGAUGCUGAAUGAUUUAAUGCCGCCAACGUAGUUAUUUGACUACAUAUUUUUCGUAAACAUUACUGACAUGCUAUGAAGAUGCAGCGCCAUCUUUUUUAUCAACUGAGCUUUGCUCUUUCUUCAGACAGAACCAACUAUAAGCGACGAAUCGCCUACGAACUUGUUAGUAUUUAGGGAUUUUGAAACCAGUAAAAAAACUUGAUUUGUAAUCUGAUAACGAGGAGACUGUGCACACUAUGAGGCAUAGAAACCCCGUAUCACAUGAGAUAGAAAUAAAUAAUAACCUAUUGGUUUGUAUUUUUGAUUGUCAAGUCUUUCUUUGAGACAUAAAUUGUUGGCAUUUCAUGGAUGAUAAAGCCAGGGGUUGUCAGUAUAUCAAUCAAUCUUCUCGUUGAGAAUACUUCCACAUAAUUAUUUUGAAGAGUUGUUGUUGUUUUGAUAUCUUUGCCUACUUGUUCAACACCAUUUUCUUGGACAUUUACAUAGAAAUAAAACUUGGCAGUGGAAUCACAAGGUCGACUUGUUUUGGAAUGUAACCAUGAUGAAAUUUUUCCAAAAGGAGGUGAACCAGGGGGAUAAUACGUAAUCAGCGCAUCUUGCCGUUCAGAGGAUACAUUAAGUAUGUGAUUGCUCCAUAUAGUACAUAAACGUGUCAGUUGCUCUUGAUCAUGUACGACCAGACGUAUUGAUUUCGAAUGGCUGGUAAUACAAGUUACAUCUGAAGCUUCUUCUGAAGACAUAAGACUAAAUUCUAUGCUCCAUAAAAUACUUUUAGGUUCGUCUUUUUGUAUAUAGACACGGGUUUUGUUGACUUUUGUACGUGACAACAUGAGUGUUGGUGCGAGUCGAAGUGUUACACCAUAUUCAUUGGCCAACUUUACUAGUUGAUUCCUUCUACGUAUCCUCCCAGUAUUUCGAUGAGAUAGCUAAGGAAAAAAUAGCUGGAAAUGAUAAAACUCGUAGCACUGUGUCUAUCACUUAUAAAAAAACAGUACAGUAAAGAAUCUCCCAAAUACACCGUAACCACUGGAAAAGUUGGAAGUUUCUGAUAAGAAAGACGUUAGAGUCUCAAGAGACCAUCUUUUUGUUUGAGCGAUAGGUUAGCAUGGCGACAUUAGUACUAAUAGAAAGGUUGGCAGUACGUGACGAGAUUAACAUUUAAUUUGUCCUGCUAAGAUCAUGAAUAAUAUGUCAGUGAUAUAUUUCGUAGUAUGAGCUUUCGACCUUAACCUACUGACUUUGGCACACAACCCUGCUCAAAAGACAGACUACACGUAAUUUUGUGACGAACAUUGUUCGUGAAGAAUCUGUGAUACUGAUGACGCUUGUAAGUGACUACGUGAGAGUAGGGAUGAAAGUCGAAAAAUGUAAGAGUAUGUUAGGAAUUAAAUAUCUGCAUAUAUGUUGAGUGUCACCGACCAAACUAAUAGCGAGUAACUAAAUCAGAUGCAAAAACAUUGGAAAAUUACGUAGUUAAAAAUGAAUAUGUAAUUAUAAUAAUGAAACUCACGGGCAGAACAUUCGUUACGAAUAUAAAAUCUAGGGAAACUUCGGUGUAACUUUAGGGUUUAGGAGACCAGGAGUGAAGUCUUAGGCUCCAUGGACUUAUUUAUACACAGUGUGGGUUCAUUUAUGAGUCUUCUGAUGGAUACCGCAGUUCUGCAACACAGAACGAGUCUAACGAUUUUUCACUGAUACGACUAUAGCUGCUUCUUUGACAUGGCGGUCGGGCAUGGCUGGAACAUAUGUCCUACUAUUCCAGACAGGUCAGUUGGAGAAAAGUACGACUGAAAGCAGCAAGGUCCGAAGACGAAGUCGUAUUGUUGACUGUGGAGGGGUGCGACGACGCUAAGGUGUUCAACUCGGAAACCAGCAUCUGCAAUGAUAUUGUCUUCUCACAACUGAAGGAAGGGGUUUAAAAAGAUCGAGAGUAGAAAUAUCAAAACUCACCCUACCCCACGGAUUUCUGUCUCCGGCGGUAAGGCCUUUCGAAGUGCGGAGCUAACAAGUCAGGACCUCAUAAAACGGACGUGCGUGUUCGGCCUCAAGCAGUUGUCUCUUGGUUUUUUGCGGAUACGCUCCUAGGUCACUAAGACCAACGUUAAUCAAGCUUUUUUAAAUGGAGUUUUGUUCUCUGAGCUGG